AUGAACGACAAGGUGAACCACAUCUCUACCUCCGAGGACGGUGUAUUAAAACAACUGCUUUGCAAUUAUGGUGACAAGUUUGAGGGCCUUGGAAAACUGAAAGAUGUCAACCUCAAAAUCCAAAUAGAUCCCACGGUAACUCCAGUCGCACAGAAAGCCAGACGUCUACCGAUCCUAAUGCAGCAACAACUGGACAUGGAAUUAAAAAAACUCUUAGAACUUGGUGUCAUCGAGCCCAUAGAAUCACCACCAUCAUGGGUUAAUCCCCUUGUGAUCGUACCUAAGAAAACACCUUCUGAUGGCAUACGUAUGUGUGUUGACAUGCGUGUUGCAAACACCGCAGUCAUAAGAGAACCGUAUCAGAUACCAACUCUGGAAGAAGUGCUGCAUGAGUUCAACGGGUGCACAGUGUUCACAAAGCUGGACCUGAACAAGGGAUACCACCAAAUUGCUCUAGACGAGGCUAGCAGAGACCUUACGGCCUUUGCAACACACCGUGGUAUAUUCAGAUUCACAAGGCUGAUAUAUGGAAUCGCCUCUGCCGCUGAACAGUAUCAACGAGAAUUGGAACUUGCACUAUCAGGACUAUCUAAAGUACGUAACAUCUCAGAUGAUAUCAUUAUUGGUGGCACUAGUAAUCAAGAUCUACUGGAUCGCAUGCAAUGCGUAUUUGAGCGUCUCCGAGAGAAAAAUCUCACAGUAAACCUAAAGAAAUGCGAGUUUCUGAAGACUAAGCUUAUCUACAUGGGUCACAAGUUGUCAAAAGAUGGAAUUGCACCGGAUGAGAGGAAAGUACGAGCUAUAGCUGACCUCAAACCACCAACUAAUGUGAAAGAAUUGCAAUCCUUUCUCGGCAUGGUGACAUACUGCUCCAAAUUCUUACCACACUUCUCAACGGUGACUGCACCAUUGCGCCAACUACUCAGCAAAGACACCAAAUGGAGCUGGGGUGAUGCGCAACGACAAGCGUUCAAUGAUCUUAAGAUCAUGCUGUUAUCCAGUGCGACACUUGCUUACUAUCAACCUGACGCAUACACCGAAAUCUUUACUGAUGCAUCCCCUGUUGGGCUUGAAGCAGUUAUAAUGCAACGUCAGCCAGAUGGUAUCUUAAAACCAAUUGGAUAUGCCAGUCGCUCACUACUAAAUGCAGAAACAAGAUAUAGCCAGAUUGAAAAGGAGUGCUUGGCUAUCCUAUUUGCAAUAGAGCGGUUUCAAAUCUAUCUUUAUGGUAUAGAAUUUGUUGUUAAAACCGACCACAAGCCGCUAGUGACAAUGUUCUCCCCUCGUAGGAAACAGCUUCCACCACGCAUUGAACGCUGGGUUAUGAGACUCAUGUCAUACGCAUUCAAGGUUGAGUAUCACCCAGGCAGAACCAAUGGAGCAGAUUACCUGUCACGGUCAAACCCGAUGCAAGACAAUACACCAUCGCACCGAAUGACUGAGGAAUUUGUCAACUUUAUUCAAAGUAAACAACUACCAGUUGCCAUACCAAAGAAAGACAUUCGUGAUGCACAGAAUGAUGAUCCUGCCAUUGCCCUCAUUAAGAAACACCUUGCAUCUGGAACCAUUCCAAAAUUGGAUGUUAUUAAAGAGUAUUAUCCCUCACGUUUGCAACUAUCCAUUGUCAAUGACAUUCUCAUGUUUGCCAACAAAAUUGUCAUCCCGCCAACCCUGCGAGAAAGCAUCAUCUCCAUUGCACAUGAAGGACAUCAGGGACAAGUACGCACAAAACAACGUCUGCGGAAAAAAGUAUGGUGGCCACGCAUGGGCUCCUCGGUUGAAGCCCACAUUAAGUCAUGUCAUGGAUGUCAAGUCACCGCUGGUACACAAAUCAAAACUCCAGUAGUAAUGACAGAAAUACCUGAUUCAGCUUGGUUGAUGUUGGGUUGUGACCUUUGCGGUCCGUUCCCUACUGGUGAACACCUGCUAGUAUGCAUUGAUUAUUACAGCAGAUAUCCCGAGGUAGAGAUUAUCCGCCGAAUAACUGCUGCUAAUAUCGUUGACAAACUUCGUAAAAUGUUUUGUCGUUAUGGUGCGCCAGAGAUAAUAGUGACCGACAAUGGACCACAAUUCCGGAGCAAUACAGAUUUCGCUACUUUGAUGAAAGAAUUUGGGGUGGAGCACCGCAAAGUUACCCCAUACCAUCCCGAGGCAAAUGGUGAGGUUGAAAGGUUCAACAGAAAUCUGAAGAAAACCAUCCAAGCUGCAAUUGCUGAAAAUCAGAACUGGCGAACUGCCCUCCAGAAUUACCUAUUAGCAUACCGUACCACACCGCACACAACCACUGGUGCCACUCCUGCAGAGGUUCUGUUUAACAGACCGGUUAAAGACAAGCUACCAGCCUCAACCACAAGUUCCAAAAACACCAUGUCUGUCGUUAAAAACCGAGACCGCAUCCAAAAAGAGAGAAUCGCGAAAUAUGCAGACAAACGCAACAAUGCUCGCAGUCAUGUCAUCCAACCUGGGCAAAAGGUUCUCGUGGCCAAUCAGUCAACACAUCGCAACAAAUUUACCCCUAGAUGGCGCGAUGAACCUUGUACUGUUACUGCUGUAAAAGGAAAUGCAAUUUUCAUUGAAGACGGUACAAAAACUAUGAUGCGCACUUCCUCUCACGUCAAACCCUACUUCAUGCGAAAUAACCAGCGGUCAAAUAAACGACAUCUUCAACAACCGACAGUGACAACCGAUUCUGCAACAGAAAGCUCUGAUGACGAUUUUGACCUGCCACCAACUGUAAACGACCCUGGAAACGAAACCGACUUGACGUCAUCUGAUGAUACCGUUGUCACAGAAAGCCCAUCCAGUGACGAGACCAUUGCGUAUGGCGAGGAAGAGGUGAAUGAUGAAGAACUCUUCGUUCCAAAUAGAAACACACGUACUCGAAACGUUAAACCACCACCUCGUUUCAAAGAUUUCGUUACUGCGUAA